UCCGGCUAUUGGUAAGAUGGCGACCUCCUGUUAAACGUGAACGUUGUGUUGUGUCCUGAAAAUUUCUUGCAGCUCUUAACGGAAAAAAAUAAUGGCACCCACUCAAAAGAAGCCGGUGGAAGUUGUUGUCUUUGACAACCCAGAGAAGAAAAGGAAACAGAGAUCGGGGGAUGUCCCUCCACAAGGUAUGGGAAGGAAGGCUACAGAUAAGUACCAUAAGGAUGGGCCUUCUGCUUCCCGUGAGCCAAAGGUGCGAGUGUUCGAUCAGAGGAGUGCGAAGCAUGAAAUCCGCAAGCUGGGGAUCUAUGGCUUCGACAAGAAAAAGAAGGAUGAUGCUAUGGUGGACUUGUUAGUAGAGUUGGGAGCAAAGCGGCCUAAGGGGAAACGCUACCACAUACAAGAGUAUCAGAAAAUAUUGAAGCAGAAAAAGGAGGAAGAGAAAGAAAGGGAGGAGAUGGAGCGCAGGGCAGGCAUCAAAAAGAAAAAAGAAAAGGUCAAGAGGAAAAGAGACAAAGACGAUCUUCUCAACUUUGUGGAUGGGCAGGCUGGCUUCUUCAAGGAUGGGGUGCAGUUUGUCAAAUCCCUGAGAAAGUGAGGAUUUCCCCGCCGGCUUCCUGCAGACCUCCCGAGAGAGGGGUCACUUGUCUGCCCCGAGCUGCGCCAUGGCUACACCAGCCCUCCGCUUUCAUGCGGGUCUGAACAAAUUUAAUUGGUCGGAGAACAGUUUCGCUCUCACACACUUUACGUGCUCGCUCUCCCAAAAGCCGUUUUUUUUUUUCAAUUUGACCUGUUGAUUAAUUUUGUUUUGUUAGGUGUGUCUUUGAAUGGAGGACAGACUAAUGAAACAUUCACAGGGUCUGCGGGUAAAAAUUUUCCCCAUGUUAACCCAGUUUGACCAUGCAUUUUUUUCCUCCAUUUUGAAAUCUUCAUUUUCCCUCAACGUUUCAAGCAACCGCUUUUAUAAAUGGAUUUCAAAAAAAUAUUUUUACUUUUUUGGGUCAUGUUUUUUAAAUAUUUUCUACAUUUGUUUCAAAUGUUUAUUUUUUCGACUUUAAAUUUCAUCUUCUACUUUAUUUUUCAUCUGAAUGGCUUCAUUUUUUUAACACAAUUUAUAUCCAUAGGAAAACUUUACUGAAAUAGAGCCCUUUUUGAAGAUAAUAAGAAAAUAAAAUUACGACCAGUGUUUUUGUUGGGAAUUUGGAAUUAUUUUGGGUGCUAUUUGUCCAUAGUACAUAUUUGCAGAGUCCAUAAUUAUACUUUAUCACUAAAAAUGAAAGCCAAUGGACGAAAACUAAGAGAAGAUAGCUUUUGAAAUUUGAUAAAAUUAUCCAAUAUGGCGGAUGUUUGCUUGGCUACUAUGGGAUUAGAAUAAUAAAUAAUUACUUGAAUUUAUUCUUUGAUGCCUGACUAAUAUAGUUAUAUCAUCGUUGCUAUAUUUAGUUAAGGGAUAUAUGGAUUUUAGAAAUUUCAUCAGUAGAUGGCCUUAAAUUUGUCAGACCCCUGGUGCCCAAGAGAGGUGCUGUGAACUGUUGUGAAUGCCACCAGCUUGUGUUUUGCGCGCUCAUAUGACGUAUACUGUUGCGAGCGCGGUAGAACACUUACUAAACUUAACCAACCAAAGAGAGCUUUGGACCAUUGCGAUGACGUAAGCUACAGUUGCAAAUAUCAGUGGGGCAAGGGACACCUGCACAAAGUGUUCCUAUGCAAGACCCAUGUGCCAUUUUUUACAACUAGCUAAUGAGUUUCUUAUGUUUUAUAUAUUUUGAAUUUAUUUUGCCUUUUGCGUCAAAACACAAUAGCAUAACAUCAGUUGUCUCGGAAUAGUAAUAGAUAUUUUAACGUAGUAUUUGAAUUCAUAUGGUCAAGUGAUGAAGAAACACCUGCUAAAGUAUCUUGCUUUCAAAACUGUUCCACCGUUAUGUGAAGUUCUCAAAAUUUAUUGUAUUUUUUAAAUGUAGGGUGUCUUGCACAUGCCCAGGGGUAUAUAAGGGAUGCCAUCUGUUUUGUAAAACACGGCGAGCUUAAUUUGUUGCUGGCAUCCAUCUAGUUUUAUUCCGUUUGUGGGUUUAGUCAGUUUGUUUUAUUUUAUUUAUAUUCAUUGAAGAGUGGUAGGUUAUUCAACUGCUAGAUCAACAAAGAUGUGCUUGGUUUUUCUGAAUACAUUAGUUUGUUGACACGAGUAAUGUUCUUAUCUUCCUCUGCGCCAUCGCGUCUUGAGGUGGGCAUCCCUCUUUCCUGUUCUGUGGUGGAACUUUGUUUUUUAAUUCUGAAAUCUGGGCAGUCCCUUGAUAUGAUGAAUGUGGUUAUUGUAAGCCGACUCUGAGAGGAGAGGGGAAAAAAAGUUACUGGUACCAUCUAUUCCCCGGUGAACUCUGAUGGCUGUUGGGCAACCAGUUCUAUGGUUGUGGUUGGUCUCCUGGUAGUGGUGUGUUGCGUCGUGUUCUUCUUCGGCAGUUGCUUGCCCAGUGACCUGGUUCUCCGGAGCAACAAGCCACUAGGCUCCCGGGAUCGUCACAAGUACGUCCAACAUUUCUGGUUUUGUCUUUCUUGUGUACUGUGGAAUUGGAAUCCUGUUAUAAUGAGAGGGAGGGCACUUGUGCGAAAUGCCCGUUAUAGUAGGAUUCUCACUAUAAAUAUACAGGGAUCCAGUAAUAAAUUCAAGGGAAAUAAUAAAGUAGGCCAAAGCUAUGA